AUGGGUUUCUCUAGUGCUCUAGGAUGGGACAAUGGUAUCGGAUUGUCCCCAAUUGGAGCCGAUAUUGCUAGUCCAAAACUUAUUGCACUUGUGGCCAAUGCUGGAGGCCUUGGUUUAUUGGUUAGCCCAGUUAAUAUGUAUGAUGCGACACUGAAGGCGAUAAGGGAUACUAAGAAGCUCACAAGUAAACCAUUUGGAGAUGGUACUUUGUUGGAAUUUGAUCAAACCAAUACUGUCAGGAAAAUUUUCGAAGAAAAACUCGCAUGCAUGCAAGUUUUCUGGGGAGGCUAUCCCAAAGAGAUGGUAGAUGAAGCACAUAAAAAUGGGGUCAAGAUCUUGCACCAGGUUGGUUCAGUGGCCGAUGCAGAAAAAGCAAUUGUUGCAGCUGUUGAUUGCAUCAUCACACAGAGCGUAGAAGCCGGAGGGCAUGUCAUUGGGACUGUAUUUCGUUUGAAUUCUUUUCUUCCCAGAAUAGUGGAUUUAGUUGGUGACAGGAAUAUAACAGUUAUUGUUGUUGGAGCCAUCGCAGACCCCCGUGGUUUUUACGCUGCCCUAUCACUUGGAGCUAAAGGAAUCUGUAUGGGAACAAGGUUCAUAGCUACCAAGGAAUCGUAUGCACAUGACUACUACAAGCAACGGCUGCUUCAGUACACCGGAGCCGAUACCGAGUACACAUACCUAUACAGUCGUGCCAGUUGGAGGGAAACAACUCGUGUUCUUAACACCCCUUUCCACCAAAAAUGGAAACCAGUUCCAAAGGAUAUUGAAAAUAAUGAAGAUCAACCAAUUAUUGGCUACUCAAUCAUUUAUGGAGGAGAAACAAUUUUACGUCGCUUUGCAGGACAAGUAGCGAAUCAAACCACAGUCGAGGAAGUUGAAAAUACGGUCAUGUACACUGGACAGGGUGUUGGACAUGUGAACGAUGCUCCUCCUGCCGGUGACAUUGUUAAGAAUUUCAUUGAGGGUGCUGAAAAGAUCAUCAAGGGACUUGGUAGCAAGUUUGAAACACCCGCUGGUGGAGUUGCUGUUAUUUCACUUGCAUAA